UCCAUUUACUUGAAUGCGUUUCAGUAUAUAUAAAGGAGUCUAACUGGUAGAAAACACAUCAAGUACAACAGUCUUCCCACAAAGAGGUCAAGAUGAAGCUCCUACUGGUACUGUUCACAACGCUCGUUGCGUUCGCAACAGCGAAUUCUCAUUACCAAUCACCAAAUUCGAGAUUCCACUACGUUGCCAUGUUACAAGCGAAAAACUUCGCCUCUGACGAACUAUCCAGAGACAUUCACGACUUCAUGAACCUGGUCGACGAGAACAAAAUAAUGAACAUCGUUAUGUCCUACCUGGAAGACGACGAAGUGCAGAGAGCAAUCGAAUACAUGUACAGCGAAGCAUUCCACGAUUUGGUCCGCAAGGUCGAAGCUAUGCCAGAAUAUCAGAAUUUGGUGAGGUACAUGGAAGACUCUGGCUUGGACAUGAAAAAGGUGAUCAGCAAAAUCCACAAAUUGUUCGGUAUGGAAGACUACGUACCACCCAUGGAAUUCUCAUCGAUGAAUACAUUAUCAAACCUUGGUGGAUUGAAAGCUCUGUUCAACGCUGUAGAAGCUGCCCUCCCUUUGGACAAAUUCACGGCCAUGUACAAUGAAAAGAUGCACACGUCCCCUGCUUUCCAGAACUUCAUGCAAAGACUGCACUCCAAUGAAUUUCAGAGAAUCGUCAACACGGUUUACCAAUCACCAAUCUUCCUGGAAAUGAGACAGAAGGUCAUCAACGACGGAGUGGACCUUGUACCAAUCAGGGAUUUCAUCGAAAAAGUGCUUGGCAUUCAUCUUCCCAGAGUCGACUCCCGUGCCAUGCUACGAGCGGAAAUCUUCGCCUCUGACGAACUAUCCAGAGACAUUCACGACUUCAUGAACCUGGUCGACGAGAACAAAAUAAUGAACAUCGUUAUGUCCUACCUGGAAGACGACGAAGUGCAGAGAGCAAUCGAAUACAUGUACAGCGAAGCAUUCCACGAUUUGGUCCGCAAGGUCGAAGCUAUGCCAGAAUAUCAGAAUUUGGUGAGGUACAUGGAAGACUCUGGCUUGGACAUGAAAAAGGUGAUCAGCAAAAUCCACAAAUUGUUCGGUAUGGAAGACUACGUACCACCCAUGGAAUUCUCAUCGAUGAAUACAUUAUCAAACCUUGGUGGAUUGAAAGCUCUGUUCAACGCUGUAGAAGCUGCCCUCCCUUUGGACAAAUUCACGGCCAUGUACAAUGAAAAGAUGCACAGCUCCCCUGCUUUCCAGAACUUCAUGCAAAGACUGCACUCCAAUGAAUUUCAGAGAAUCGUCAACACGGUUUACCAAUCACCAAUCUUCCUGGAAAUGAGACAGAAGGUCAUCAACGACGGAGUGGACCUUGUACCAAUCAGGGAUUUCAUCGAAAAAGUGCUUGGCAUUCAUCUUCCCAGAGUCGACUCCCGUGCUAUGCUACGAGCGGAAAUCUUCGCCUCUGACGAACUAUCCAGAGACAUUCACGACUUCAUGAACCUGGUCGACGAGAACAAAAUAAUGAACAUCGUUAUGUCCUACCUGGAAGACGACGAAGUGCAGAGAGCAAUCGAAUACAUGUACAGCGAAGCAUUCCACGAUUUGGUCCGCAAGGUCGAAGCUAUGCCAGAAUAUCAGAAUUUGGUGAGGUACAUGGAAGACUCUGGCUUGGACAUGAAAAAGGUGAUCAGCAAAAUCCACAAAUUGUUCGGUAUGGAAGACUACGUACCACCCAUGGAAUUCUCAUCGAUGAAUACAUUAUCAAACCUUGGUGGAUUGAAAGCUCUGUUCAACGCUGUAGAAGCUGCCCUCCCUUUGGACAAAUUCACGGCCAUGUACAAUGAAAAGAUGCACACCUCCCCUGCUUUCCAGAACUUCAUGCAAAGACUGCACUCCAAUGAAUUUCAGAGAAUCGUCAACACGGUUUACCAAUCACCAAUCUUCCUGGAAAUGAGACAGAAGGUCAUCAACGACGGAGUGGACCUUGUACCAAUCAGGGAUUUCAUCGAAAAGGUGCUUGGCAUUCAUCUUCCCAGAGUCGACUCCCGUGCCAUGUUAUGAGC